AUGGGCCGUCCAAAGCGGAAUGUCAUCGCCGCGGCCGAUGAGACGUCUACACCGCCUUCAAGCUUGACCAAUACUCAAUCGAUUGCCCGUGUCGUCAAGGCGGAAGGAAACAGCCUUUAUACCUGCUCUCUCCCAAACGAUAAGACGGUCCUCGUGGAACUCCCGUCACGAUUUCGCAACGCGAUCUGGAUGAAGCGGGGCGGAUAUGUUCUGGUCGAUACCAAAGAUGCUGAUAUAAGGCAAAACAAGAUCGGCGGCGAGAUCAUAAACGUCGUCCGUGACGAGCAUAAAUGGCGAAAGCAACCGUACUGGCCCAAGGAAUAUCCGAAGACCGCUGUAUAUGUCGACUCGGAUGAGGAGGAAUCCACAGUUGGCAAGAUGCCCCCGUCUGACGAUUCAGAAGAUGAAUGA